GGUCUUUUACAUUUGAAAUUCCAUCUAAAACAUAUGCUCAUGCUAUACUAUAAUGGUCCAAUUCCAAUCCCAAGACCUCCCACAACUCCUGAUUAUUCAACCUCCAUUAUGCUUGGCAAUUGCUGAAUCUCAGUUGUCUCAAAAAUUCCAUCUCCUCAAAGCAUGGGAGUCAGAACUCCCUCUAGACCAGUUCUUGACCACCUAUGCAUGCUCAGUCCAAGCCAUGCUUUGCUACCCUUUCACUCAGGUCAAUGCAGACCUCCUCCGGCUACUUCCGGCACUCAAACUUGUUGUCAGCCCCACUGCUGGGGUCAACAACAUCGAUGUGGUCGAGUGCCGGCGGCGUGGAAUAUCAGUGACCACUUCUGGGAGUGCAUUCUCAGAAGAUGUUGCUGAUACUGCCGUAGGUUUGCUCAUUGAUGUGCAUAGAAGAAUCUCAGCAGCAGAUCGGUAUGUGAAAGGGCUUUGGACUAGCAAAGGAGAUUAUCCUCUUGGUUCCAAGUUAGGAGGCAAGCGAGUUGGGAUUGUUGGAUUAGGAAGCAUUGGCUCUGAAAUUGCAAAAAGACUGGAGGCCUUUGGGUGCAUUGUCUCAUACAACUCAAGGAGCAAAAAUCCAUCUUUAACAUACCCCUUCUAUUCCAGUGUUCAUGAACUUGCAGCCAAUACUGAUGCCCUCAUCAUCUGUUGUGCAUUGACAGACCAAACCCGCCACAUGAUCAACAAGGAAGUCUUAUCUGCACUGGGAAGAGAGGGAGUGAUUGUCAACGUUGGACGGGGGGCUAUUAUUGAUGAGAAGGAAUUGGUGAGGUUUCUGGUGCAUGGAGAGAUUGGAGGCGCUGGUUUGGAUGUGUUUGAGAAUGAGCCUCAUGUUCCUGAAGAACUCUUUGCUUUGGACAACGUUGUUCUGUCUCCACAUAACGCUGCUUUUACUCCCGAAUCUGUAGAGAGUUCGAGUCAAAUAGUUAUUGCCAAUUUGGAAGCUUUCUUCUCAAAUGAGCCUUUGGUUACUCCAUUCAUGGAUGACUAAAUUUGAUUUUAUGUGUUGUUUCCUUUAUUUAUUUUCAGACAUUUGUUUUUGGCUGAACUCUGUUCUUGUGGAAGUAAUUCCUUGGCUUGCAAGAAGCUAUGAAUUACAAUGACUCUGAUUAUCUCAUUUGACUGGCAGUUUUCAUUGCUCUUAUUUCCAACAUUUUUCUUAAGCUUGUAA